CCUGGGUUCGGUCCCCAGCUCUGGAAAAAAAAGAAAAUUAAAAAAAAAAAAAGUAUGUCAACAGAACAACAGGCACAGGCAGGGUUACAGCAAGCUGCAAUCAUUGAACCAUGGGCUCACUGGCUCUGAAAGUCAGUACUGUCCAGCAAUAGAUGACAUCAUCUGAAAAGAGGGUCUUGAGAUAGGAAAACAGAGUGGACAGUGCGGGGGCGCGGAGCCCUGACACUGGGCUAGGCUACCAGAGUACCCACCACAGCACUCCGGAAGUUGGCCACUUCAGCAGAGCUCCGCCUCCCUCUCUGUUGAAGGAUGUGAAACCUUUUCAGCUGAUUGUGUAAGCCAGUCACAGAGAUCUGGGAACAGAAACUAAAGCCUACCCUCACUGCAGUCCCUUCCUUCACGGACAAGGCAGGUGGGAUUCAGAUCUGAGGAAUGCAGAGCAAAGAGCAAAGACUGUGUGAACCGAGAUCUGGAAAGGAAUCAGAGAACUCCGCCUUUACCUCCCAGCUGUUCUUCUCUCCAGAGCACCAAGACGCCAACACUCUGUGUUGUAGCAUCUGUUUCCUGAACAUCCCAGCUUAGAGGAUUCCAUAGAAAGCUGAACCAGUGACCUCGCUCCCAGAGAAGAGGUGACAUCACAGGAGGGCCACUGCCAUCACAUCACUGCAGUACCAUCGACAUUUCCCAGCAUGGGUCAGACUUCUUCUUCUACAACCCCUCCAAAGGAGGAUCCUGAUUUGACCUCCAGCUUUGGCACAAAUCUUCAGAAUUUCGAGAUGAAAACCAAAAUCCUGUCUCAGGAAUUAAUCGCCUUCAUCGAAUCAUCCCUAGAGGGUGGAAACCUUCGGGAAACAGUUUCUGCAAUCAGCAAUGCUCUGAGUGACAUUGAGAAAGCCCCGCUGAACAUCGCAGUGAUAGGGGAGACUGGGGCUGGAAAGUCCAGUCUCAUUAAUGCUCUACAGGGAGUGGGGGCUGAUAAAGAAGGUACAGCUGCUCCCACUGGGGUGGUCCAUACGACCUCUGAAAGAACACCAUACACAUACACAAAGUUUCCCUGUGUGACACUGUGGGACCUGCCUGGCAUUGGGUCUCCUGCCUUCCAACCACAUGAUUAUCUGAAGAAAAUCAAGUUUGAGGAGUAUGACUUCUUCAUUAUUGUCUCUUCUGGACGCUUUAAGCAUAAUGACGCAGAACUUGCCAAAGCCAUUGUGCAAAUGAAUAGGAGUUUCUAUUUUGUUCGAACUCACAUAGAUCUUGAUCUAAUGGUUGUAAAACUGAGUGCUCCUAAGAGAUUCGAUAAAGAGAACAUCUUAGAGGAGAUUCUAAAUUCCAUUUCAAGUAUACUUAAGGAAGUUACCUACCAGGAACCCCCAGUCUUCUUAGUCUCUAACUUUAAUGUGUCUGACUUUGACUUCCGAAAGCUGGAAACCACCCUUCUGGAAGAGCUCCCAGCCUACAAACGCCACAUCUUCAUGCUCACUUUGCCAACUGUUACAGAGUCCACCAUAGACCGGAAGAGGGAUAUGCUGAAACAAAAGAUCUGGAAGGAAUCCAUAAUGCCAAGAGCAUGGGCGAGCAUACCAUUCAGGGGGUUGACCCAAAAUGACAUAGAGAUGUUGGAACAGACUUUGAAUGACUAUAGAUCUUCCUUUGGCUUGGAUGAGGCAUCACUUGAAAACAUUGCUGAGGAUUUGGACGUGACACUGGAGGAACUCAAGGCGAACAUUAAGUCUCCCCAUUUGCUCUCAUAUGAGCCAGAUAUAUCCUUAAGAGAUAAACUAUUGAAGUACAUUAGUCAUCCUUACUUUUCAAAGGUUUUCCACUUGCAAAAUUAUUUCAUUGACGCCGUUGCAAGUGAUGUUAAACUUAUCCUCAGUAAAGAAGAGCUUUUGACAAAUAAGCAUCCUCCAGGACACACAGCUACAUGCAAGUCUUCCUCCAGCAGAUCCUCUCCUUUAACAGCUCAACUUUUGUCACUCGGCUUGAAAAAUUUUUUUAAGAGUUUCAAGAAGGAAAGCAAAAUCCUCUCUGAGGAAACCGUCACCUUGAUCGAAUCCCAUCUGGAGGAUAAGAACCUUCAGGGGGCACUGUCUACAACUAGUCAUGCUCUGAGAAACAUUGACAAGGCCCCACUCAACAUCGCUGUGACUGGAGAAACAGGGGCAGGGAAAUCCAGCUUCAUCAAUGCCCUGAGGGGAGUGAGGGAUGAUGAAGCAUGUGCAGCCCCCACUGGUGUGGUAGAGAAAACCAAGGAGAGAACUCCAUACCCACACCCAAAGCUCGCCAAUGUGACAAUAUGGGACCUGCCUGGCAUUGGGUCCACGACCUUCCCACCACAAAACUAUCUAGCAGAAAUGAAGUUUGGUGAGUACGACUUCUUUGUUAUCAUCUCGGCUACGCGCUUCAAAGAAACCGAUGCACAUCUGGCCAAAGCCAUUGCAAAGAUGAACACAAAGUUCUACUUUGUCCGAACCAAGAUAGAUCAAGAUCUCCGUAAUGAAGAGAGGAGUAAACCUAAAGUUUUCAACAGAGACGGUGUAUUAAAGAAAAUUAGAGAUGACUGUACACAACAUCUUCAGAAGGAUCUCUCCAGUGAGCCUCCCAUCUUCCUAGUCUCUAACUUUGAUGUGUCUGACUUUGACUUCCCAAAGCUGGAGACCACCCUCCUGAGGGAGCUCCCAGCCCACAAGCGUCACAUCUUCAUGCUGUCCUUGCACAAUGUUACUGAGACUGCCAUUGACCGGAAGAGGGAUUUCCUCAAACAGAAGAUCUGGCUAGAGGCCCUGAAAGCUGGAGCCUGGACCACCAUUCCAUUUGGGGGCUUAGUGCGUGAUAAAAAGCAGACGUUGGAAGACACUUUGAAUCUCUACAGGUCUUACUUUGGCCUGGAUGAAGCCUCGCUGGAAAAGAUUGCCAAUGAUUUCAAUGUGUCUGUGGAUGAAGUCAAGGCACACAUUAAGUCUCUCCAUUUGUUAACGGAGAACAGAGACAUGUCCUUCGGAGAAAAACUGUUGAAAUAUAUUGAAUAUAUUUCCAGUGUUACUGGGGGACCACUUGCUUCAGGCCUUUACUUUAGAAAGACUUACUAUUGGAAAAGUCUCUUCAUUGAUACUGUGGCAAACGAUGCCAAGGCUCUCCUUAAUAAGGAAGAGUUUUUAUCAGAGAAGCCAGGAUUGCGCGUGUCUGACCACACCGAAUACUGGGAGGCAGGGAUGGAACUAUAAGGUUCUAACCUUUGGACUGGCUUCAGUCACUCACUUAAAGCCUACUUUUAAGCAGCAAACAUUUUCUGGGAAAGACCGGAGGAUUCAUCUCUUUUAGAGACAGACUAUCACUGUGGCGAGUGGAAGAAGAGUUGUUCACAGUGUAAGAACUGUCUUCCAU